AUGGUAGUAAUUGAUAAAAUUUUAAAAAGAUUAUUUGAUUUAAAAUCAAGAUUGCUAGUAUUUAUCCAAAUGACAAGAAUGAUAGAUAUAUUAGAAAAUUAUUGUAGAAUGAAAAAAUAUGAAUAUUGCAGAAUUAACUAUAAUACAAAUAAUGAAGUUGUAGAUGCACAAAUACAAGAAUUUAAUAAUAAUAAAAAUAUAUAUAUCUUAUUGCUGUCAACUAAAUAUGGUGGAUUAAAAAUAAACUUGCACAUUGCUGAUAUUGUUAUUUUAUUUGAUUUUGAUUGGAAUUUUCAAGUGGAUUUACAAUCUAUGAGUAGGGCUCAUAUAAUAGAAAAUGGUAAUAAAAUAGAAUUAGGUAUUAAGAAAGAAUUAAACGAAUAUUUGUUAUUUGAAAGUAAAGAUAAGUAUAUUGAUACAAGUAUUAAUAAAGGCAAAUAA